CCUGCAAUGACUAUUUCUUGCAGGGAACCAAAUUUCGGUGCGUGUUUCCGUUCUUGUUCCCUGGGCACGUUUCCGUUCGCUGUCUGCUAACAGGAGGAUGACCGGGCCCCUGGGGAGGGGCGUCUUUCGGAGGCAGCACCCCCAGGAAGUCUCCCUGGGACCCUCUCCGGGGUUUCCUCCCCGGUGGGGGUGGGGUGCCAUCUGCAGCUGGGAAGCAGGUUUAUUUUAAGGUCUCUCAGGCUUCAGGGGCCGGUUCCUCACCGAGAGGCAGGUUUUUGUGGGGUUUCUCCAGCUAAAGUUACUCCCUCCAGGUAUUCGUUAAAAACCUCGUGGUACGACCCUGCGGUCCCCACCCUCCUAGGCCCCAACCCCGAGGCGGUGGGGGCGGGAAGGCCGCGCGCGCCGCUUCCGCUCCUCCGACCCGCCAGAGGGCGCUGCGGCCCCGCCUCGUCCUUCUGGGGGCGCUUCGCGCCGGGCCCCUUCCGCGUGGGUGAGUGAAUGUGAGAGUCAGCGCCGUGCCGCGCUCGCCGUCCGCCUCCGCCGCUCAGCGCCCUCACUUCGGCGGCCAGGGGCGGGCGCGCGCGCCCGGCCAUAGAGACGGGCGUUGAGCCCUCGGGCUAGAGCGUCGCCGAGUCGGAGCCGGAGCCGGAGCCGCGCGCUGUGUCUCCGCUGCGUCCGCCGAGGCCCAGAGUGUCAGGGACAAAAGCCGCCGCCGCGCCGCUUGCUCCCGCCGCUGGGGCUCAUCCGCCGCCGCCGACGCGCUGAGGAGAGCCCGCCGCCGCCGCCACCCGCGAGGAUCCGAGAGCCAUGUCGGCCAGCAGCCUCCUGGAGCAGAGACCAAAAGGUCAAGGAAACAAAGUUCAAAAUGGAUCUGUACAUCAAAAGGAUGGAUUAAAUGAUGACGAUUUUGAACCUUACUUGAGUCCCCAGGCAAGGCCCAAUAAUGCAUAUACUGCCAUGUCAGAUUCCUACCUACCCAGUUACUACAGUCCCUCCAUUGGCUUCUCCUAUUCUUUGGGUGAAGCUGCUUGGUCUACUGGGGGUGACACAGCCAUGCCCUAUCUAACUUCUUAUGGACAGCUGAGCAACGGAGAGCCUCACUUCCUACCAGAUGCAAUGUUUGGACAACCAGGAGCCCUUGGUAGCACUCCGUUUCUUGGUCAGCAUGGUUUUAAUUUCUUUCCCAGUGGUAUUGACUUCUCAGCUUGGGGAAAUAACAGUUCUCAGGGACAGUCUACUCAGAGCUCUGGAUAUAGUAGCAAUUAUGCUUAUGCACCUAGCUCCUUAGGUGGAGCCAUGAUUGAUGGACAGUCCGCUUUUGCCAGUGAGACCCUCAAUAAAGCUCCUGGCAUGAAUACUAUAGACCAAGGGAUGGCAGCACUGAAGUUGAGUAGCACAGAAGUUGCAAGCAAUGUUCCAAAAGUUGUAGGCUCUGCUGUUGGUAGUGGGUCCAUUACUAGUAACAUUGUGGCUUCUAAUAGUUUGCCUCCAGCUACCAUUGCUCCUCCAAAACCAGCAUCUUGGGCUGAUAUUGCUAGCAAGCCUGCUAAACAGCAACCUAAGUUGAAGACGAAGAAUGGCAUUGCAGGGUCAAGUCUACCACCACCCCCAAUAAAGCAUAACAUGGAUAUUGGAACUUGGGAUAACAAGGGUCCUGUGGCAAAAGCCCCCUCACAGGCUUUGGUUCAGAAUAUAGGUCAGCAGCCAACCCAGGGGUCUCCCCAGCCGGUCGGUCAACAGGCUAACAAUAGCUCACCAGUGGCUCAAGCAUCAGUAGGGCAACAGACACAGCCAUUGCCCCCACCUCCACCACAGUCUGCUCAGCUCUCAGUCCAACAACAGGCAGCUCAGCCAACCCGCUGGGUAGCACCUCGGAACCGUGGCAGUGGGUUUGGUCAUAAUGGAGUGGAUGGUAAUGGAGUAGGACAGUCUCAGGCUGGAUCUGGAUCUACUCCUUCAGAACCUCACCCAGUGUUGGAGAAACUACGGUCCAUUAAUAAUUAUAACCCUAAGGAUUUUGACUGGAAUCUGAAACAUGGCCGGGUUUUCAUCAUUAAGAGCUACUCUGAGGACGAUAUCCACCGUUCCAUUAAGUAUAAUAUCUGGUGCAGCACAGAGCAUGGUAACAAGAGACUGGAUGCUGCUUAUCGCUCCAUGAACGGGAAAGGCCCCGUUUACUUACUUUUCAGUGUCAACGGCAGUGGACACUUCUGUGGCGUUGCAGAAAUGAAAUCUGCUGUGGACUAUAACACAUGUGCAGGUGUGUGGUCCCAGGACAAAUGGAAGGGUCGUUUUGAUGUCAGGUGGAUUUUUGUGAAGGACGUUCCCAAUAGCCAGCUGCGACACAUUCGCCUAGAGAACAACGAGAAUAAACCAGUGACCAACUCCAGGGACACUCAGGAAGUGCCUCUGGAAAAGGCUAAGCAAGUGUUGAAAAUCAUAGCCAGCUACAAGCACACCACUUCCAUUUUUGAUGACUUCUCACACUAUGAGAAACGCCAAGAGGAAGAAGAAAGUGUUAAAAAGAUUACUACAGGCCCUGCACCCUCGCAAUCCGGGACCCCUCGGGAGAUGUCCGACUGAUGGUUUAGGGAUGGAGCCUAAACCGCUAUUGAAUGAGUCUCUUUGGAGCUGAGGCCUUGGAAUCUGAAUUCUAUCAGGUCUGUAGGUGAUUCUCUUGUAUUUAAAGUUUGAGUACUCCAGGAUUAUGUAUCUCAGUCAAGUUUUGUGUAACAUCCACCGCUCAAUCCUCAUGUUUAUUUUCUUGCAAGUUUGAUUUCUAAAGUUUUCUUAGUACUAUUGUCCUGCCCUGGCUAGUCUCAAGACUUCAUCUUGAGAAAAUUUAGAAUUCACGUGUGUCUGAUAAGCCUGGCUGUACCUUUCAAUACUGUAAAGCUAAAAGAAUCUUUUGAGUAGCUUUUCAUCAACUGUCAGUAUUACAAGCCUCUGGUGAAUUGCCUAUAUUUUUUGUCCAUUAAAAGGUGACAGUGUCACCCUAGCUGGUUUGGCUCAGUGGAUAGAUCAUUGGUUUGAGGACUGAAGGGUCCCAGGUUCAGUUCCAGUCAAGGACACAUGCCCAGGUUGUGGGCUCAAUCCCCAGUGUAGGGGGUGUGCAGGAGGCAGCCGAUCAAUCAAUAAUUCUCAUCAUUGAUGUUUCUCUCUCACUCCCUCUCCCUUCCUCUCUGAAAUUAAAAAAAAAAAAAAAAAAAGGCUGUGUCUUUGGUUUAAUAUCCUACACAUGUAGCUUCAUGUUAUAAUCUCUUUAGAGGCAUUAUGGCUACUUCUAAGAGGCUUUAAUGUUUGUGUUACAUAUAUUUUUAUUGACUUUAGAGAUGAAAGGAGAGAGAGAGAAACAUCAAUGAUGAGAAUCAUUGGUCGGCUGCCUCUUGCGCGCCCCCUACUGGGGAUCGAGCCCGAAACCCCGGCACAUGCCCUAACCGGGAAUCAAAUCAGCAACCUCUGGGUUCAUAGGUUGAUGCUCAACCACUGUACUACAUUGAGGGUUUAAUGUUUUAAGUUUUACAUUUAGUGUUUCUUCUAUUGUGUCUUCCUUUUUGCGGGGACAUUAAUUUUUAGAGUUAGAUAAUUUUAAGCUAUAUGAUUUAGGGGCCACUAGCCAUCCUGAAGUUGUCCAAACUAAGAUUGAAAAAAAAAAGUACACAUUUUUAUUGAUUUCAUAGAGGAAGGGAGAGGGAGAGAGAGAUAGAAACAUCAGUGAUGAGACAGAAUCAUCCAUCGGCUGCCUCCUGCAUGCCCCCCACUAGUGAUCAAGCCCACAACCCAGGCAUGUGCCCUUGACCAGAAUCAAACCCAGAACUCUUCAGUCCUCAGGCCGACGACACUCUAUCCACUGAACCUAACCGGCUAGGGCCAAACUAAGAUUUUUAAAAGUAGUCAGUUUUUUGGGGGUGUGGGAAGGGAUUCUAUUAAGUAUAUUACAUUGAUGGGCCUUUAAAAAACAGUUGAGGUAGACCCUGGCUCAGUACCUCUGUUGGUUAGAGUGUCAUCUGGAUGUGCCAAGGCUACGGAUUUGAUUCCUGGUCAGGACACAUACAAGAGGCAAUCAAUGAAUGCAUGGAACAGCAAAUUGACGUCUCUCCCUUCCUCCCCCCCCUUCUCUAAAAUCAAAUUUUUUGGGGAAAAAAAAGUUUAGGUCCUACACCUAUCAUAUGUAUAGUAGUGGAAAGACUAGGGGCUCUAGAAAAGACCAUAUCUGCCACUGUCACUGAUUUGAGCAAGUAAGCUUCUCAGCCUUAGUAUCUUUUUAUUUUAAAAAUUUUAAAAUAUUUUAAUUGAUUUCAGAGAGGGAGAGAGGGAUGGAAACACCAAUGAUGACAGAGAAUCAUCAAUUGGCUACUUCCUGUGCGCACCCUCUGUCUGGGCUAUAGUGUUUUAAUUGGUGCUAAAGUUUACUUUUCAAGGUAGUAUGAUAUAAAUGCUUAAGUAUCUUUUAUAAUUUCCGAGAAGAUGGAUGUUAUCUUUAUUAUUUCUAAAUGUAUGAGCUUAUUUUUGUGUGUGCAUACAUCAAAACUGUACAGUAGUCCCCACUUGUCUGUGAUUUUACUUUCCAUGGUUUCAGUUAGCUGCAAUCAGCUACAGUCCAAAAAUGUUAAAUGGAAAAUUCCAGAAAUAAAAAUUCAUAAGUUUCAGAUUUCAUGCCACUCUUCUGAGUGGUGUGAUGAAAUCUCAUGCUGCCCCAUGGAGGACAUAUGAAUCAUCCCUUUGUCUAUCCAUGCUGUGUAUGCUAAUACCCCAAUACACACACGUUAGCCACUUAGUACUGUUGCAGCACGGAUGGACCUAGAGGUUAUUGUGCUAAGUAAAAUAAGUCAGAGAAAGGCAAAUACCAUAUGAUUUCCCUUAUAUGUGGAUUCUAAAGAAUAAAAUAAAAACAAAAUUGAAACACUCAGACACAGAAAACAGACUGAUGAUUGUCAGAGGGGAGGGCAAUGGGGGGACUGGGUGUAAAGGGGUUAAGUACAAAUUGGUAGUUACAAAAUAGUCACAGGGGAUAUAAAGUACAGUGUAUAAUUAUAUAUGGUGCCAAGUGGGUACUGGAAAUAUCGGGGGAACAAUUAGUAAAGUGUGUAAUUAUAUAACUAAUAUGCCAUACAUCUGAAACUAAUCUCUCUAUAUAAAAGGCUAAUAUGCAAAGUGUUCCCUUGGGAGUUCGCUCGCUCUCUAUGAUGUGUACUGACCACCAGGGGGCGGCGUGGAACAUGGCAGGUGACUAGGGGCGGCAGCAGGUUACUGAGGGAGUGAGGGAAGGAGGAUGCAGGGAGGCAGGGAACCUGAUUGGCCUUGAUUGUUGGACAGGCCUAGGGACCCUACCCAUGCACAAAUUUCGUGCACUGGGCCUCUAGUAUAAAAUAAUAUUGAAAGUUAACUGUAAUUUAAAAAUUAAAAAAAAAAAAGAUCAGCUGUUGUGGUAUCACAGCACCUGUGUUCAAGUCACCCUUACUUAAUAGUGGCUCAAGCUCGGCGGGCGUGGCUCAGUGGUUGAGCAUUGACCUAGGAACCAGGAGGUCACAGUUUAAUUCCCUGUCAGGGUGCACAUGCUCAGGUUUCCGGCUCGGUCCUCAGUGUGGGGCCUGUGGGAGGCAGCCAAUCAGUGAUUCUGUCUCAUCGUUGAUGUUUGUAUUUCUCUCUCCCUCUCCCUUCCUCUCUGAAAUGAAUAAAAAUAUAUUAAGAAAAAAAUAGUGGCCAAAAGUGCAAGAACAGUGAUGGUGGCAAUUUGGAUAUGUCAAAGAGAAGUGGUAAAGUGCUUCCUUUGAGUGAAAGCUACGUAUGUAUAGGAAAGUACAUAGUAUAUAUAGGAUUUGAAGAGCAAUUUAGUCAGUCUGCUUAAUUGUACCAAUGUGAUGCUUACUUGGUAUUGGGCAGGAGAUUAAGGCAGCUAAUGCCAUUUGUAUGUAAUUUGCAUAAUUUAAAAUAAACCUAACAUACAGGUUUACAUUAGGGCACAGGUUAUACUUAGCUUCUUGGUAUCAUUGUAUAGUUAAGAUUCGGGUGUAGUUAGUUUUAUGUUACGUUUGAGGCAAAAUUGAGCACAGGUAGUUGUGGACUUGGUAGCACAUGAAAAGGGACAAAUUUUUAAAAAAAUGAGUUGACAUAGUAUGUGCAAUUACACAAUGCUAUUUUGAAUUUCUUCUGAUUAUAUUCUAAAUGGCUGUUAAUUAAGCAUGCUGGUGAACUUAUAUAGAAACAUGUCUCUUUGUGGAUUUGGCAAAGUCUAGGUUUUCUUUUUUUAUCAGUAUAAUUUGGGGCAUAUACGUUUAUUUGUAUUCCUGGGGUUAUAUUACAUUGAAAUAAGAGGUAAUAGGCAAAAUAUUUUUCCAGGUUUAUUGAGAUACAGUUGACAUACAUAGUAACGUAUUAAUUUAAGGUAUAUAACAAUGAUUUGAUAUGUACAUAGAGAGAAAUGAUUACCACAGUGUUUAGUUAAUAUCCAUCACUUAACAAAGUUACAAUUUUUGUGUAUGUGAUGAGAACUAGAAUUUUAUUUAGAAGUUGAUUGUAAGUUAUUAUCCAUUGCUAAACUCAUAAAUAGUUUGUGAGUGAGGUUAAUUGAAGACCUGUUCUUUGCUUUCUGGGAGCUUUUGAUUGAGUUGGGGCUAAUUUUACAUUUAAUUUUCAAUUGUGGAUACAGAUUUGGAAGGACAUUGAAAGCUGCAAGGGCUAAGGAAAUCUCAAAGAGGGAAGAGAUUUUGAACUGUAUCUUGAAGGACAGAAGGCUAGACAUUCUUGGCUUGAAGAGUAAUAAAAGCAUAGGAAUGAGAUUUAAUCAAGAAGAGUCCAGAUUUCCUGAAGUCAAAGGAACGUCAAGGCCGUGGAAAAUAAAAGGCAGUUCUGCACAGACCACAGCAACGGUUUCAUCUGCAUAUCCCUAAGAGGAAAAAAAUGACCUUCAAGAAAAUUAGGACUUUUUUCUUAAUUUCAUUGACUUCAGAGACGAUUACAGAAUUGCAGUUUAAGUAUUGGAAUUUCACAAAAGACAUAGGACUUAACUGGAAAGUGGAAAAAAAAGAAAAAGAAAAAAACCUAAAAAAAUCCCUCUAGGUAGCGUAGGUGAAAAAUGUCCCUUAUAUUUUGGUUUUGGUUGUGAUUUCAGAGCAUACUGCUUUUUUUUCUUUGUCUUUUUACUAUGUUUUCGGAUUUUAAAGUCCGUAAGUGCAUACAGUUUUCUCUAAUUUUUAAACCCUUUCCUCCCCCCCCAUUUUGACAUUUGCACUUGGAGAACACCUGAGUUUUGAAGGUAUGGGCCUGCCUCCACCCCAGAAAGGGGGAAUUUGGUUUUUCCCUUCCGAACUGGAAGAACAUUUUUAUGAAGAAUUUUUGUGUUGGAGAAUUUAACAGUGUUACCCAAGGUUGUGUCUUUAAGGGUGGUUCAUUUUCUCUGACCCUUUGUUACUCAAAGUAAAGUACUAGGAUUCCUAAGAAAUGUUCUGUUCUUGUACAUUUUACUGAUUGAGUCAGGAUUAAUUUUAUUUCACAGCUAAGAACAGUGGUAAAAACUUGUUUACAAAAAUGCAUUUUGGAAGAGAAAAACAUUGUAAAACGUGUAGUGAAUGUUUCUUCAGUUUCUUGUUCAUCCAAUGAGGAAAGGGCAUUGCCUUUCUUUUUACCAUUAAUCACUUCUCAAUAAACGUGAGAUCCUGUUGAGCAUCA